CGGAGGGGAGGCGAGCGGGGCCGGGCCGGGGGCGCCGCCAUGGGGGAGCGGCCGCGGGGCAGCGGCGCCGCCGCCCGGCGCUGAGGGACCGCCGAGUGCUACAAACUCUGGCUUAGUAAAACCGAAACCAGUUUGACAUCCUAAUUGGCCUUUUCUGCGUUGGACUGGUGAGAGAUUCUGCAGAAUUGCUGCGCGGGCAGAAAGCAAACCUGUGCCUUUGUUGUUCAGAAGGAACUUUCCUGCUCUGCUUACCUGCCUGCUACCUGGGCCCUUCCUCUUACGCUGGGACACCGAGGAGCUGCGCUGGGAGGACCCUGUCUGCAGGAUGUUCUCUCCACCAAAGAACUCCCUGUGAGCGGCGAUGAUGACAGUCCCGGCGGGACCUUGGGAAGCACUAACAUUUCAGUAGCCCAGCACCCGUGGACGGCCUCUUACCCCUCCUUCUCCAGACCCCGCCCUCCCACCGCUCACCGGGAUGGUGUAUUAACCAAGAGGAACCCUGCUUCUUUCCUCCUCCCCCUUCCAUUUUCGGCAGCUCUGGGAUUUGUAUGGCAGCAGCGUAACCGUGGAGAGGCCGGGGUAUCACAAACUUAUGGAUUUUGAUAAGAGAGGAGGGAAAGGGGAGCUGGAGGAAGGUAAAAGAAUGUCCAAGACAGGUGGAGGAAGGAGUGGUCAUGGAGGCCGGGGUGCUGGAACCAACUCGGGAGUCUUAAUGGUGGGUCCCAACUUCCGUGUCGGCAAGAAGAUUGGAUGCGGCAAUUUCGGGGAGCUCCGUCUAGGGAAGAAUCUCUACACAAAUGAAUACGUAGCUAUCAAAUUGGAACCCAUAAAAUCGCGGGCCCCCCAGCUGCACCUGGAGUAUCGGUUCUACAAACAGCUCGGCAAUGCAGAAGGAAUUCCUCAGGUUUACUACUUUGGCCCCUGUGGGAAGUACAACGCCAUGGUGUUGGAGCUGCUCGGACCCAGCCUGGAAGAUCUCUUUGAUCUGUGUGAUCGGACCUUCACGCUCAAGACCGUCCUGAUGAUCGCGAUCCAGCUGAUCACACGGAUGGAGUACGUCCACACCAAAAGCCUGAUCUACAGAGAUGUCAAGCCAGAGAACUUCCUGGUGGGGCGGCCGGGCAGCAAGCGGCAGCACACCAUCCACAUCAUCGAUUUUGGCCUGGCCAAAGAGUAUAUUGACCCCGAGACCAAAAAACACAUCCCCUACCGAGAGCACAAGAGCCUGACAGGGACAGCGCGUUACAUGAGCAUCAACACCCACCUGGGGAAAGAACAAAGCCGCAGGGACGACCUGGAAGCAUUAGGGCACAUGUUUAUGUACUUCCUCCGUGGGAGCCUUCCUUGGCAAGGCCUCAAGGCCGACACACUAAAGGAGAGGUACCAGAAGAUUGGUGACACCAAAAGAGCCACCCCGGUGGAGGUGCUCUGUGAGAACUUCCCAGAGGAGAUGGCCACGUACCUGCGCUACGUGCGGCGCCUGGAUUUCUUCGAGAAGCCCGACUACGACUACCUGAGGAAGCUCUUCACAGACUUGUUUGAGAGGAACGGUUACGUGUUCGACUACGAAUACGACUGGGCAGGGAAACCUCUGCCCACCCCCAUUGGCACGAUGCACAGCGAGGUGCAGGUGCAGCCCCCGAACAGAGACAAAGCACAGCCACACACCAAACACCAGGUGAUGAGCUCCACCAAUGGAGAGCUGAACACAGAUGACCCGACGGCAGGACAUUCGAACGCCCCCAUCACAGCCCCCACCGAGGUGGAGGUGACAGACGAUACAAAGUGCUGCUGUUUCUUCAAGAGAAGGAAGAGGAAAACCACCAAGCGUCGCAAGUGAGCUGCCGGGGCCGGGCGGAGCGGCGAGCGAUGGCUCCUCUCCCUCUGGCCGUGGCUGGAUCUCGACCCGCGGAGCCAACGGCCCCUCGGGCUGGACGGGGACGGGGGCCGGGCCGGACGGGCUCCCCCAGCGCCCCACGCGCAGGUGGGGAGCGGGGCCUCCCCAAACUGCUUGUCCUUUCCUCCGCCACUCGUGGCCGUUUACUCGAACCAAGCCCAACUUCGCUGAAGUUCCUGCGUCCGUCAAACAGAAAAAAAAGAAAAAGAGAAAAACCCACGGCGUCACUUGCUUUGAGUUUAUAACCAGUCCGAAAUGGGGAUCAACUACAGACUCUGACCCGUCGCUGUCAGAAGACGAAGACAAUUUCAAGAGCAGUGGGCUAAGGAGGAAUAUUUUUUUUCUGUUGCUUCUUUGUCUCUUAAGUUAAUUUAAAGUGAGUCUCGGUGCA